UGAUAUUGAUAUUGUUGAUAUGAUAUGUUCCUCCCUGCUGGCCUCUCCCCUCUCCCUCCCCCUCUCCCUCUCCCUCUCCCAACCCCCAACUAAAUUUCCCAUCUCUCCUCCUCCUUCUCCUCACCUGCAUUUCCCAGUCUUGUGAUUUCUUUCUUUUUGCAUCCACUGUAAUUGCGUUGCCGCUGCUGCUGCCGCUGCUGCUGCUUAACAAGUAAAACUGAGGUGAACUCAGUGGUCAUCUUAGUUGUCGUCAGGGGUAGGUUGACACCAAAAAGGCACCCAUGGCAUCAGCUGCUCUCUCCAUGGUUAAUUCAUCUCCCCUGCAGGCCAACGGUAGAGGAUUCUCCGAAUUCGCUGGCCUCCGCAACACUUCAGCCUCCGCUCCCUUUGCUCGGAAAGCCUCCCACUUAGAUUUACUAUCUGUCGUUGCCUUCCAAACCUCUGCUAUUGGUGAGAACAGGAACAAUGGGAGGGGAGUGGUGGAGGCAAAGCUGAAGGUGGCAAUAAAUGGUUUUGGAAGGAUUGGAAGGAACUUCUUGAGGUGUUGGCAUGGCAGGAAGGAUUCCCCUCUUGACGUCAUUGCCAUCAACGACACCGGUGGCGUCAAGCAGGCCUCGCACCUCCUCAAGUACGACUCCACCCUUGGCAUCUUUGACGCCGAAGUCAAGCCUGUGGGCGAUGAUGCCAUCUCUGUUGACGGCAAGAUCAUUAAAGUCGUCUCCAGUCGCAACCCUGUCAACCUUCCUUGGAAGGAUUUGGAAGUUGAUCUGGUGAUUGAGGGCACCGGUGUGUUUGUGGACCGGGAGGGUGCAGGGAAGCAUCUACAAGCAGGGGCGAAGAAGGUGCUCAUCACUGCCCCUGGGAAAGGUGACAUACCAACCUACGUGGUGGGCGUCAAUGCCGACUUGUACAACCCAGCUGAGCCCAUCAUCAGCAAUGCCUCUUGUACCACCAAUUGCCUUGCUCCCUUUGUCAAGGUCAUUGACCAGAAAUUCGGCGUCAUAAAGGGUACAAUGACCACCACUCAUUCCUACACUGGAGAUCAGAGGCUUCUUGAUGCAAGCCACAGGGACCUUAGACGUGCACGAGCUGCAGCUCUCAACAUAGUUCCGACAUCUACUGGUGCUGCAAAGGCAGUCGCUCUUGUCCUUCCCACCCUCAAAGGAAAGCUCAACGGGAUUGCCCUCCGUGUCCCCACACCCAAUGUCUCAGUGGUGGACCUUGUUGUCCAGGUUACCAAGAAGACAUUUGCUGAGGAGGUGAAUGCUGCAUUCAGGGAGAGCGCUGAUAAUGAGCUCAAGGGUAUCCUAUCUGUAUGUGAUGAGCCACUAGUUUCGGUGGACUUCAGAUGCUCAGAUGUGUCCUCAACAGUGGACUCUUCACUAACCAUGGUUAUGGGAGAUGACAUGGUCAAGGUGAUUGCUUGGUAUGACAAUGAGUGGGGCUACUCACAGAGGGUGGUUGAUCUCGCAGACAUUGUUGCCAACAACUGGAAGUGACAUUGUUUUAUCCAUCCAUGAUCCAUCCAUCAUCUGUUUAUUGAACAUUUUUCUUUUCUUUUACACUCAUCCCCCAUCUUUUGUAGAUCUCUAUUUUUAAUUGUUGGAAUUGUAAUGAGUAUAACAUUUGAAACAUUUUCCCAUCAUCUUGAAAUUUCGGGUUUCAAAUAGUAAUUAAAAAGGUUGGUGAGAGAUUAUGGUUAA